AUGAAUCCGUUGAACAAAAUCAUCUUUCUAUCGGCGUUUCUUGCGUUCGGAUUCCUAUUGAUCUUGCUCUCAUGCGCUCUCUACAAUAACUGGCUCCCUCUCUGGGUCAUUGUCAUCUUCGUGGUGGCCCCAUUGCCCAACAUCAUUCUGUCGUCAGUGGAGAGCAACAGGGACGACUUCUUAACAUUCAGCAACGACCACGGAAAUACACCCACAUCAUUAGAGGAGAUUGCAAAGUUCAUCACCGGACUUUUGAUUGUCAGCGGCAUCUCAUUGCCCAUCACCAUGUACCAUACUAACUUAAUCGAAAUGGGGUCGAUGGUGAUGAGUAUUAUUGGCGGAUUGAUUGUGUACGGGGACAUCAUAGUAUUUAUAUGGUUUUUCAGUGAACAUGAGGAGGUGAAUGACGACUUCAACUUCUAG